AUGUCGAAGACUGCCCUCCAGACCGCCUACGCCCAUCUAAUCCAGCGCGGUCGACUUCUCCCCGACAUCCACCAAGCAGCUCUCAUAACACGACUAGACGCUCUCCAAGAUGAAUUGCUCCGCAGUCACAAUGCAACUCUGAGUCUCAUCCCCGGCCAACCUACCCAUGCCCCUCGAGGUCUGUAUAUCUAUGGCUCAGUGGGAACCGGGAAAUCUCGCAUCAUGGACUUAUUCGCGACAACACUCCCUUCCAAAAUUUCCCACCGCAGGAUCCAUUUCCAUGAAUUCAUGAUGGAUAUCCAUUCUCGACUGCACCGCGCACGUUUCUCCUCGUCGUCAUCCUCAGGAAGAGACCCGUUGAUGGGAAUCGGAAGGACGAUUCGCGAAGAAUCCGAGGUUUUGUGUUUCGAUGAGUUUCAGGUUACUGAUAUUGCCGAUGCGAUGAUUUUGGCCCGGCUGUUUGCGGGUAUCUGGCUGCAGGGCGGCGUCAUGGUCGCUACAAGCAAUCGGCAUCCCGACGCGCUGUAUGAGAAUGGUUUGAAUCGGGAUGUGGUUUUGCCGUUCCUUCGGGAGGUGCAGAAGCGAUGCGAGGUUUGGCGCGUUGGUGGGACGCAGGAUUAUAGGAUGCGUGGUUUGCCAUCGGCGUAUGAGAGGGAUGAGAACUUCUUGACGGAGUCGAAGAGGUUUUAUCAGAAGUUGGAGGAGGCCCUGCAAGGGCGGCAUCUGGGGCAGGUCUCGAUUCCGGUGCAGGGUGCUCGAGUUUUGGAUGUUUCUGCGGUCACUUCCGACGGGAAGCGCAGCGUAGUGAGUGGCACUUUUGAAGAAUUGUGCCAAAGCUUUCUCGGAUCGGCGGACUAUUCUGCUUUGUGCUCGUCGACCAGCACCAUCUUCAUUUCUGGCCUCCGCGCAUUCGGCCCGAGCGACAAGGACUUUGUUCGACGUUUCAUCACUCUCAUUGAUCUGGCAUACGAGGCAAAGACUCGCGUCGUAUGCCUGUCAGACGUACCUCUUGCAGAAGUCUUCAUCAGCAUCGCUCGAUCCGAGCAGAAGAAAUCUGGCACGAGCAUGCAUGUCAAAGGCGAAGGUGGCGCAUCGAGUAGCAUGAUGAGCACGUUUGUUGGAGAGACGGAGUGGUCUGCUACGGGACUCAUGGAGGCGUCUCUGGCUACUGGUGGAGCUGGUGAAACAGACGUCGGCUUCGCAAUCGGCAGGGCUAUAUCUAGAUUAUAUGAGAUGGGGUCGAAGGCGUACGGUGCCCACUAUUCAUAUUAA